CUCUGACCUCUGUCUCGGCAAACCUAAAAUAUCGCAGAUUCAAUUUUUCGCAGUCGCUGGCGCAUACCGGACGCACCCAAAAAGCAGCGUCGCUCCGAGUCCGUGCCGAAGCAGUCAGGCAGAAACGCCUCACCAAAUUCCAGAGCACAACGAGAGCCGCACCACUCUCAUUCACCACCCACUCCUUUUCUUGCCUAAUUCCGCCCGCCCUUCCUUGUUUUGGAUCUCUAUCCUCCACUUUUUGCUUUUUCCCACACUUUUCCCUUCCUUCCACAAAGGGGUUCUUAUUUCUAUCCUUCAUAUCCUCCCACAUUUUUCUCCUCUCUAGAUUCGCCACCCUUUUUUCGCUGCCAUUCUCCAAUUUUCCGCCCUAGUAAUCGAGGAGUCCUUUCCAGUUUCCAGGUUUGAGCUGACAAGCAGCAGCUCUCCUCUCGCCGCCAUUUCUCCCUUUUUCUAGUCGACUUCGUUAUCCUUGUUUCCUCUUCUGUUCUGAUCCAUUGCCAGUUCUCCUGCGCGAUCGCUGAAGAAACAAAGAGAUUUCGUGGUGAUUUCAUCGGCGCUACUUCAGUAGUAGUUGGCUCACUCGGUUGCAGAUUGCAGAUAAGGUGUUUGGCUGUCCCCCGUCGAUUGGGAUGGUGCCGCGGUGCUAGGAAGAGAGAUAGAUUCAGAGCUCGGAGCUGGAGAAUGGAGGAUAGAGGAGGGUCGUUCGUCGCUGUCAGAAGGAUAUCUCAAGGUCUGGAGCGUGGCAACAGCGCCUGCCAUUCAAGUUCUGCCGAGGUUGUAGCAGGGUCUGCUGCAUGGCUUGGUCGUGGCCUUUCUUGCGUUUGUGCUCAGAGAAGAGAGAGUGAUUCCCGUCCCUCAUUUGAUUUAACCCCUGCUCAGGAAGAAUGCUUGCAGCAGUUGCAGAGUCGUAUAGAUAUACCAUAUGAUAGUUCAGUUCAUGAGCAUCAGGAAGCUCUGAGGGCAUUAUGGAAUGCUGCUUUCCCUGAAGAGGAGCUAUGUGGUUUGAUUUCUGAGCAAUGGAAGGAGAUGGGUUGGCAAGGGAAGGAUCCGUCCACAGAUUUCAGGGGCGGUGGGUUCAUAUCAUUGGAGAACUUGUUAUACUUUGCUAGGAAUUUCCCGCAAUCAUUCCAGGAUCUUCUUCAAAAGCGAGAAGGAGACCGUUCGGUUUGGGAAUACCCAUUUGCUGUAGCUGGUGUGAAUAUCACAUUCAUGCUAAUUCAGAUGCUUGAUCUGGAAGCAGUCAAGCCCCGGAGUUUGGUAGGAGCAACUUUCUUGAAGUUCCUCACUGAGAAUGAAUCAGCGUUUGAUCUCCUAUACUGCAUCACAUUCAAGCUAAUGGAUCAGCAAUGGCUUACCAUGCAUGCAUCAUACAUGGACUUCAAUGCUGUUAUGAAAUCUACACGAAGGCAACUGGAACGGGAACUUUUGGCAGAAGACAUAACACGGCUUGAAGAACUACCCUCGUACAGCCUUCUUAAACGGUAGUAUAUGAUAUGAUAUGAUGAGAUUUGCGGCGAGUUAACUAAUUUCCUGUCAACAGCAGGAUGUUGGCCCGACAUUGGGCAUUCAUUGUGUCCUUUUAUUUUCUUGUGGUCGUUCCACUAUCUUCUCCCGGGUUCUUGUAACUCAGACACCCAUGUCAAAUCCACUUACCAUGCUUGUUCAAAGGUGGCCCUCCAGUGUUUUGAGGUGUCGAAAGUUGUAGGGUAAAAACCGUUGGUCUGAGCGUGAUUUCUUUGUAGAGUAGUGGGGCAGUGUUUUAUCUGUUGUGUUAGGUGAGUGUGAUGAGGUCCAAGUGAGCUGGAAUACAGAAUGUAGCGUUUGUUUUCUUGGUGACGUUGUUUCCCCCCUAUCCGGUUGUUCCCGUUGGUGAGGUGGGGGAGCUGUUGAUUUGUUGCUACUGUAGGAACUAUUGGUAUUUAGGGUUUUGAAUAGAAUUAAGGAUUGGGAUGGGGAAAACAGAAUUAGAGACUAGGGAUUUAAAAGAGGAAAUUGAGGAUCGAGGAGAAGCAUGGUUGUCUGACUGUUAGAGAUAGGUGAUGAAAUUAAGAUUUUGAGAUUUUUUUUUUUUUUGAA